AAAUGAUCCUACGGAAGAAUAAAUAAAUAGUUAGAUGUUCUCCAGCGGUCAAAUAGUCAGGCUGAAAAAGCGGGUUUGUUUGCCAAGAUUAACAGAAACAUCUCACAUUUAGCUAAAGAGAGGAAAAAACAAGUGCAGAACGCGGUGGAAGUUACAAAGGGAAAUCGUCCGGAAGCCACAAUGGAAAAAGUUGGUGAAAUUCUGAAUGACACAAGAAAUCGCGUUAUUGACAAUAACUCAAGUGCAAAAAAUACAACAUUGCCAAGUGUCUAUCCAGAAGAUUCAUUAUUAGCGGCAAUUUUCAAAUGCUUGGCUUACAGCUUGAUAGUUGUUUUUUCUGUCACUGGUAACUCUCUGGUCAUAGCAGCUUUCAAGCUCAAUGUCGACAGGAAACUUCGCACUGUUAAUAAUAUGUUCAUUGUGAGCAUGGCUGCCGGAGACUUGCUCCUCACAGUGGCAAGUACACCAGAGCGAAUCACAAGAAUUCUGGCUGAUGACCAGUGGAUUAUUGAAGGGAACUGGGGAGUAUUCCUGUGCAAGACGAGUAAUUAUUUGGAAAAGCUUUUCAUGAAUGUUUCAGUGAUACAUCUAGCGAUGAUUGCAAUAGAUCGCUUUCUAGUUGUGUACUUUCCCCACAAGAAGAUUAUCACAGCGACAAGAGCCCGUGUUAUCAUUGCCAUCGCUUGGUUAGGAUCCGCUCUUUACUGUGUCCCUUUGUUUUAUUACGCCAACUUGCUGGAGGAACACGGAAAAAUUUACUGUAAAACGCGACAGUUUUUCAAUAAUUGGAGAGUUUGGUAUUUGUUCUUCCUGUCACUGAUUGUAUUAACACUGUUGUUUGUAGUAACAUUGUACGCGGCGAUUAUCAUUCGACUUUGGUGUGGGAAAACGACCGAGAUCGUGCAAACCCCUAUAAAACGCCGUGUAAGUGCGCGAGUUAACAGGCGUGUUCUCAAAAUGGUGGCCAUGAUAGUGAUUGCCUUUUAUUGCUGUAUUCUUCCUUAUUGGGUCGGUUGGGUGUUUUGCUCAUACCAUCGCAGUGAGCUCAUUUGUAAUGAUACCUAUGUAUUUGUUGCAAUUUUCCUCAUGUAUGCAAAUAGUGCGGUUAAUCCGGUCAUUUAUGCCUUUUUCAAUGAUACCUUCAGAGUUGGUUUUCGAUUUAUCAUGAAGACGUCCAGAAGAUGUUGUUUUAGCUCUAAGAACUUGAGUACGGAUACGGCACAAGAUGAAUUUAUAGGAAGAAACCGGAGCAGUAGAAAAUCAAGCGAAAUCCCAUGCCAAGAACUAAAAGAACUUAAUUCUAAAAAACAUUCAUGCAUAUAUGUUUAGGGCCGACUUAGAAGUCUUCCUAUUCCGGUACAAUAGAUGAAAGUUGUUAAAGCAUUGAUUCAUUUACCUGGAGAAAGAUUUUUUCAGGUUCAUGAUUAUUGAGAAACAUGUGUUUUGAAAGAGCACUCAGAGAAAGCCAAAAUGUUUUCUUUUUUCGCGAAUUCUGGGUCUGAACGAUUAAAUGAAGCCGAAUAUCA